AUGGGACCUCUGUGUGCCCUGUGGGUGGUGGUCACCCUGCUGGAAGCCCUGAAGGGCUGGGCCCCAUCGCCUCUGCUAGCCGUCGCCCAGGUCUUGAAGAGCUUCCACAAGGACAAGUUCCAGGGGGAGUGGUUCGUUCUCGGCCUGGCGGGCAGCACCCACAGCAAGGCGGACAGGUCCCUUCUGAGCCCUUUUACUGCAACGUUCGAACAAAAUGCAAAGAACCAACUUGAAGUGUCCUACGCCAUGACCCGGGGGAACCAGCGCUGCAUCACCUGGUCUUAUGUGCUGAUUUCCAAAAGCCAGCCUGGGAAAUUCUCAGUGGAAAAUAGGGAGCCCGGGGCAGACACCGAGGAGGUGCAGGUGCACAACACCGACUACACCACCUUCGCCCUGAUGUCCUCCAGAAGGCGGUCGGGCAGCCAGAGCAUCCUCAGGGUCCACCUGCUGUGCAGAGCGUGGGCGAUUCCGACCCAGCUGCUGGAUAAGUUUGUCUGCCUGGUCAGAGCCCAGGGCCUGCUGGAUGCCAACAUCGUCUUCCCAGACUUGGCAGCCCCUGCACCCCCAGCCCUGUCUCCGCGGAUCUGA